AUGUUGACUGGUACCGUAACUGCAGAAAAACUCGUCAGUGUUCUUGAUGAGGAGCUUCCCCAAGAACCCCACCAGGAUGAUGACCCUGAAGUCAUAGACUACUAUGAGGACUUCAUUGUGAGGGAUUUCAAAGCCUCAUUGUAUAUCCAGGGAUCUAUCGAUAAGUCAUUAGUGGAGUCUGUAAAUGACAUAAGGAAGGCUGGGGGUAAAAUGGACAAGCUUACGGAGUUGUUUAAUAGACAGCUCACUCAUCCACAUUACGAUGUGGUGAGCCAGAUCCAUAAUACCCGGAUGUCCCAAGGGUCCCCAGUAAUGGAUCAUGUCAUAAAAAUGAUAAAUCUAUUUGAGAAACUGGAGACCAUGGGGACAGCAUUCGAUCUUCUUUACAAGAUGGAUGUUAUUCUGAACUCUCUACCAAGGUCAUAUGCUUCUUUUCAGAUGUCUUACAAGAUCAGUGAAAGGCAGCUGGAACUGACUAAAUUGGCUAAUGCAUUGGUCUAG